GGGGGGGUUCAAGCGCUCGUCUUCUGCUUCUGCUAGUAAAUAAACACACACGCCUAAUUUAUCAGUUAAUAACACAAUCAGACUUGGCAGUUAGCGAACAACCGUAUUCUGUCUCGUGCUGUGAGCUAAUAGCUAACGGAAGCUAACACAUUCUUAAACAAGUCGCCAGCAACCCAGAUCUGUUGACAAUCGGAAAGGAUUAGAUUUGAUCCAUCAUCUAACGAGAAGGAACCCGGGUUGAGUGGAGAGGGAAAAUGGAAAAGCAGUUGUUUGGAGGAGUUGCCGGUGGAGAUAGCCCUGCGCAGCCGGGAGUACCGAAUCGAAACAAGCCUCGGACGUUGGUCACCUCUGGGUCGAAACAGGAUAGCGUGGAGACAUUGGACAGUCCUACAGGUUCUCAUGUAGAGUGGUGUAAGCAGCUGAUAGCAGCCACCAUCUCCAGCCAGAUAUCAUCUGUACCCGCAGACACUGCAUCCGGAGACUGCAAGCCUCCAAGAGACGGAACCAAGCAGGUCCAGACGGAUGAGGUUCCACUGGUACCGGGAGAAACCAUCAAGGCUGUGGCCAAGGAUGUGAUGUACAUCUGUCCCUUCACGGGUUUGGUGACCGGAACCCUCACCAGCACCAACUAUAAACUAUACUUUAUCAGUCUGGAGCGGGAUACUCCCUUCAUCCUGGAUGUGAACCUGGGAGCGAUCAGCCGUCUAGAGACCAUCAGUGUUCAGAGUCAUGGAGAGAACACAAGGGGCAUGGAGAUAGUCUGUAAGGACAUGCGGAGUCCCAGGUUUGCCUAUAAGGAGGAUGCCAGCCAACCAGAGAUUGUGGAGGUUCUAGCUAAACACACCUUCCCCCUAUCAAACGACCUGCCCCUGUUUGCCUUCCUGUAUAAGGAGGAGUUUCCUGUGGAUGGGUGGAAGGUGUAUGACCCCAUGGCAGAGUACAAGAGACAGGUAACCAUGGAAGGUCUCCCCAACGAGAGUUGGACCAUCAGCAAGAUGAACAGUAGUUAUGAGGUGUGUGACACCUACCCUGCCCUGGUCGUCAUCCCCACCAGCAUCGAGGACGACCACCUCAAACGAGUGGUGGCCUUUAGGGCUAGGCACCGCAUACCGGUGUUAUCAUGGAUCCACCCGGAGAGCCAGGCCACUAUAGUCCGUAGCAGUCAGCCUUUAGUGGGCCCCUCUGACCGGCGCUGCAAGGAGGACGAGAGAUACCUCCAGACCAUCAUGGAUGCCAACGCUCAGUCUCACAAACUCACCAUCUUUGACGCCCGACAGAGCAGCGUGGCAGACAACAACAAGGCUAAGGAUGGUGGUUAUGAGAGUGAGAGUUUCUAUCCCAAUGUAGAACUCAACUUCCUGGAGAUCCCCAACAUCCACGUGAUGAGAGAGUCACUGAGGAAACUGAAGGAAGUGGUCUACCCUAGUAUAGACGAGGCUCACUGGCACUCUGCAGUCGACCAGACACACUGGCUAGAGUACAUACGGCUGCUCCUGACGGGUGCGGUGCGUAUAGCUGACAAGCUGGAGUCUGGUAAGACCUCUGUGAUGGUCCACUGUAGUGAUGGGUGGGACCGGACGACCCAGCUCACCUCUCUGGCCAUGCUGAUGCUGGACAGCCACUACCGCACCCUGAGAGGAUUCCAGGUGCUGUUGGAGAAGGAGUGGAUCAGCUUCGGACACAAGUUUGCUGCGCGUGUGGGUCAUGGGGAUGAGAACCAUGCCAACUCGGAGAGAUCGCCUCUCUUUAUCCAGUUUAUAGACUGUGUCUGGCAGAUGAACAGACAGUUCCCUGCAGCGUUUGAGUUUAAUGAGUUGUUCCUGAUAACCAUUCUGGACCACCUCUAUAGUUGUCUAUUUGGUACGUUCCUCUACGACAGCGAACAGGAGAGAGUGGCCAAGGAAGUCCAGACAAAGACAGUCUCUCUGUGGUCCUAUAUCAACAGUCAACCAGAGGACUUCACCAACCCGUUCUAUGUGGACUAUGAGCACCAGGUCUUGUACCCUCUAGCUAGCGUCAGACACCUGGAGCUGUGGACCGGGUACUACGUACGAUGGAACCCCCGUAUGAGGCCGCAGAUGCCGGUGCACCAGAACCUGAAGGAGUUGUUGUUCCUGAGAGCAGAGUUACAGAGGAAGGUAGAGGAGUUGGAGAGAGAAGCCUCUUCAUCACGCGGCUCUCUCUCGUCUUCAUCAGAACACACAUCAUCACCCUCACACAGUGGCAGCACGCCCCUACACACCAUUGUUUAAUACAGUACACACACACAUACACACCUGAAUGCAGUACCCAUCACAGAACUGAACACAGACACGUAACCACUUGUUUGUUCGGCUUCGUAUUCCUGAAUCAGUUUUUCACAUCGUGUUUUUAUCAUAAAGAACUAGAAAGUUUAACUUGAGAAACUAGGUACACGUUUGUAACAAAGUUUAAUUUUUUUUGUAUUGAAAUGAAAUUGUUGAAAAAGUAUUGAUAAAAAAAGCACCAUAGUAUUAUACACAUUUCUACCUACCUAAAGUAUUAUACUCUUUACAAUUGACGACAGUUUCCAAUAUUAGAAAUAUGAUGAAUUCAUAGACGACGUGUAGAAAUAUCAAGUGCACUUUUUUAAACACAUUCGAGGAAGCAUGUAUUGAAGCAUGUCAUAUCAAGUGGAUCAUUAAGGAUACGUCCCAAAUGGUACCCUAUUUAGCCUGAUCAAAAGCUGUGCACUGUGUAGGGUGGCAUUUGGGACAUAGCCCAAAUAAGAGCGUUGUAUAUACUACUUAACCUUAUCCAGCUGUGCCAUAACUGGUACCUUGUAAUAUAUAAUGUGUGUCCUAUUCCUGUCCUUCCCUUUCAAUGUACCUGUCAUGUGUUCCUAUCAACAUGUUCUAUUCAAAGUCUGUGCACUCUUAAAAAGUCAUCUUUGCCUUUCUAUUCAAUGUGUAUUUUUUACUUAUCCAGACUUAUUGGUCAUGUUUACACAGGCAACCCAAUUCUGAUCUUUUGCUCAGUUAUUGACAAAUCUGAUCUGAUGAAUUGAUGGAACAGAUUUAGACUGCCUGUGUAAAUGCACCCAUGUGAUUUUCUUCUCCUCUGCUGAUGCCAAAUCCUUUGUUUUGUGUUUGAACCUUUUACCCAGUGGUGCUUUUGUAUUAGAUUGCAUUUCUACUAGUGUUUUUACCAGGGGUGGAACUUUCACUUGGGACAGACAUGUCGCCCCUCACAUUAUAAAAUUGCAUUUUUGUCCCCCCCAGUUUUAUCAUCUGAAGGUGAUACAAAAUGAGUGUGCUUUAGGACCUUGCGGACGCCUCUGAGCGGUCGGGUAGGCUGUUUGGAGUGUUUAUUCGAAUGGAUAGCAAAAUGUAUAUCUCCAGUACCAGUCAAAAGUUUGGACACAUACUCAUUCAAGGGUUUAUCUUUAUUUGUACAUUGUAGAAUAAUAGUGAAGACAUCAAAACUAUGGAAUCAUGUAGUAACCAAAAAAGUGAUAAACAAAUCAAAAUAGCCACCCUUUGUCAAGAAUGUGGAAAUCUGUCAUCAAGGCAUUCUCUCAAACAGCUUCAUGAGGUAGUCACCUAGAAUGCAUUUCAAUUAACAGGUGUGCCUUGUAAAUAGUUAAUUUGUGGACUUUUUUUUAACCUUAAUGCGUUUGUGACAAGGUAUGGGGUGGUAUACAGAAGAUAGCACUAUUUGGUAAAAGACCAGCUCAAAUAAGCAAAGAUAAAUUACAAUCCAUUAUUACAUGGAGGCCAGUCAAGAACUUUGAAAGUUUCUUCAAGUGCAGUCGCAAAAACCAUCAAGCGCUAUGAUGAAACUGUCUCUCAUGAGGACCGCCACAGGAAUGGAAGACCCAGAGUUACCUCUGCUACAGAGGAUAAGUUCAUUAGAGUUACCAGCCUCAGAAAUUGCAGCCCAAAUAAAUGCUUCAGAGUUCAAGUAACAGACACAUCAACUGUUCAGAGGAGACUGCAUGUAUCAGGCCUUCAUGGUCUAAUUCCUGCAAAGAAACCACUACUAAAGGACACCAAUAAGAAGAGACUUGCUUGGACAAAGAAACAUGAGCAAUGGACAAUCUGUAAUCUGUCCUUUGGCCUGAUGAGUCCAAAUUUGAGAAUUUUGGUUCCAACCGCCUUGUCUUUGUGAGACGCAAAGUAGGUGAACGGAUGAUCUCCGAAUGUGUGGUUUCCACCGUGAAGCAUGGAGGAGGUGUGGGGGUGCUUUGCUGGUGACACGGAUUUAUUUAGAAUUCAAGGCACACUUAACCAGUAUGGCUACCACAGCAUUCUGCAGCAAUACGCCAUCCCAUCUGGUUUGGGCUUAGUGGGACUAUCAUAAGUUUUUCAAGACAAUGACCCAACACACCUCCAGGCUGUGAAUGGUCUAUUUGACCAAGGAGAGUGCUAGAGUGCUGCAUCAGAUGACCUGUCCUCCACAAUCACAAAACCUCAACCCAUUUGAGAUGGUUUGGGAUGAGUUGGACAGCAGAGUGAAGGAAAAGCAGCCAACAAGUGCUCAGCAUAUGUGGGAACUCCUUCAAGACUGUUGGAAAAACAUUCCAGGUGAAGCUGGUUGAGAGAAUGCCAAGAGUGUACAAAGCUGUCAAAGACAAAGGGUGGCUACUUUGAAGAAUAUAAAAUAUAUUUUGAUAACACCUUUUUGGUUACUACAUGAUUCCAUAUGUGUUAAUUCAUAGUUUUGAUGUCUUCACUAUUCUUCUGCAAUGUAGAAAAUAGUUAAAAAAGAAAAACCCUUGAAUGAGUUGGUGUCCAAACUUUUGACUGGUACUGUAAAUAAAGAAAAUCCCCCCCCCACUUCUAAAACCGAAGUUGCUCCCUUGGUUUUUACUCUAAGGCCUAACAAGAUGGUAAUGGUAGUCACUGAUAAUGUUCAACUCAUAGGGCCCUCUUGUGGCCUUUAAGCCAAAUAACAAUACAGACCAUCCUUUUCUCAACUAUGGUGAAAGAAAAAAAUAUUUGAUUUAAUGCUCAUUAUUUGAGUGGCAAUUGAAUCAAAUACCCAUAAGUGGAAAUAGGUACGUUUUUGCGUUGCUUGACCCUAUACCCACGCCAUUACCUAACUUCAAUAGUCCGUAAGAUGAACCUCAUUUUUACAUGCCUUUCCCUGAUUGGUUAAUAAGCCUACCUAACCUUUGACAUUAUGCAUGUUUUCUGCUGUAUUAUAGUGGUUAUAACAAUUUAACUGUUUCCUAUGUCAUGCUUAAAAUGUUCAACACUGUGCUGCACCUUCAUUAAACAAUUCUUUGUUAAUCUCAAA